AUGGCAGCCCCCCCGGAGCUCCAGGCCCUGGAGGAGGGAGAAGGACUUCUGAUUGUGAAGGUGGAGGAGUCCUCUUGGGAACAGGACUGUGCCCAGCCAGACGACAGCAAGGACACCGAGAGCUGCCGCCAGCGCUUCCGGCAGUUCUCCUACCGGGAUGCAGGGGGGCCCCACGAGGCCUUCAGCCAGCUCUGGGAGCUGUGCUGCCGCUGGCUGCGGCCCGAGCUGCGCACCAAGGAGCAGAUGCUGGAGCUGUUGGUGCUGGAACAAUUCCUGAGCGUGCUGCCCGGGGCUGUCCAGGGCCGAGUGCGAGAGCGGGGCCCAGGGAGUGGCGAGGAAGCUGUCGCCUGGGUAGAAGACCUGCAGAAGCAGCCUGGGAAAGCCAGGCAGCAAGAUGUGCCUCCAGAGGAGUCGGAAGCCAAGGCCGAGGUCCAGGGAAGCCAGGCCAAGGGGCCGCCCCCAAAGGUGGAGCAGCCCAGUCAUGGUGCCCAGCUUACUCUUAAAGAGGGGCGUUCCAGAGAGACCUCGGAUGCCCGCCUUGCCACUGGACUUCAUGCACCUGUGACGUUGGGGGACGUUCCCUUCUACUUCUCUCAGGAAGAAUGGGGGUCUCUGGAGCCCGCUCAGAGGGAUCUCUUCUGGGAUAUAAAGCGGGAGAACUCUCGGAAUGUCACCCUGGGUUUGGGGCUCAAAAGCCAGAACACACGGUCCCGACUGGAGGAGGAGGCUGUAGCACCCUGCCAGGCUGGCGGUGGCACAGUUGUGUCCUGGAGCCCUGAGGAGGCCGAGAGCUGGGAGAACGAGAACCAGCGGGGGGUGCAGCCGGGUCCGGUGGGGGCGGCGCGGAAGGGGCGGCCACCCACGCGCAGGCGGCAGUUCCGGGACCUGGCCGCUGAGAAGCCGCACAGCUGCGGACAGUGCGACAAGCGCUUCCGCUGGGGCUCUGACCUGGCGCGACACCAGCGCACGCACACGGGCGAGAAGCCGCACAAGUGCCGGCAGUGUGACCGCAGCUUCCGCAGCUCCUCCGACCUGGCACGCCACCAGGGAGUGCACACGGGCCAGAAGCCCUUUUCCUGCCCUGAGUGCGGCAAGAGCUUCAGCCGCAGCGCCUACCUGGCCGACCACCAGCGCAUCCACACGGGCGAGAAGCCCUUCUCCUGUCCGGACUGCGGCAAGAGCUUCUCGCUGCGCUCCUACCUGCUGGACCACCGGCGCGUGCAUACAGGCGAGCGGCCCUUCGGCUGCGGAGAGUGCGACAAGAGCUUCAAGCAGCGUGCCCACCUCAUCGCCCACCAGAGCCUGCACGCCAAGAUGGCCCAGCCAGUGGGCUGA